AUGGUCACUGUCCCCUAAAUGCUCUCCCGAUAUUUGAUCCAAUUGGCUUUUUGGAGAAAUAGCCAAUCAGGCGUUCAAUUCCAGAAUCAUCUUCCUAUAUCACUGGCGUCGAUAGCUACUCUAAAAGAUUUGCGGAAGUUUGCGACAGCUAGUAUGGGUUCAUGGAUAAAAACAAAUGCAAACCUUCAAAGACUUGCUGAAGGUUGUCGAGACAAAAAUUUCACCUAUAAAUCAUGCCAGAAAGUCUUCUGUCAGCCCUGGGAAAAGUGCAUUCGUGGAAAUUGUAUGUGCAAGCUGCCGUAUCUUUGUCCAAAGGAUAUGGCGGAAGUGUGCUCAAGCAACAACAAAAAAUAUAGGUCAUACUGCCAGCUGAAAAGUAUUGAAUGUCUUCGAGACUCGGAAAGGUUCUCUCACGUUGGGAUGUGCUCAUUGGGAAAUGCUGCUGUUUCUUUGUCAUCUGAUAACACAUCACAAGGAAUUGUUUUGUUCAGUUUCAAUCACACAUUACACAAAUUGCCUGUAUGUGUGAAUGAGAAGAGGUGGACAAUGCAUGAGGCAAAUGUCGUCUGCAGACAGCUCAACUUUCACUUAGGAGCAGAGAAAAUUUUAGAAACUGAAAAAAUGACAAGUCCCCUGAGCGCUACCAUUUAUGUGAACUGGGCUAACAGCACACGCUGCAGAGGGUUUGAGAAGAGUCUAUCAGAAUGUUUCCGCCUCACUGACAUUGGAAAGGCACAGACGAUGUCCAAAAAACCAAAGUUUGCUUUGGUUAAAUGUUAUGAUUAUCCUUCAGUUAAAAAUUGCACCAAUGAUGAAUUUAAAUGUGUAAAUGGCAAAUGUAUUCCACUGAAGAAUCUUUGCAAUGGCAUCGAUGACUGCGCUGACUUAAGUGAUGAGUCAUGUUGUAAAGACUGCAAAAAUUCUUACCACUGCAAGUCAGAUGUAUGUAUUCCAUAUUUUUCUUUAUGUGAUGGCGAAGAUGACUGCUUGGAUGGAAGUGAUGAGACUAACUGUAAAGGAUUGACCACAAUCAAAGAUUAUAAUACAGAAAGAAUCCAGCUCAAGUCAUCACUUCCUAAAAUAUCCUGUGGGAUUACAAAUGUCACCAGAGACACAAGCACCUUGAAGAGAUCUAAAAGGCUUGUGGGAGGUAAAGAGGCUUUACAGGGUGAAUUUCCUUGGCAAAUAGCAGUUUAUGAAGGUAAAAAAUUGAACUGUGGAGGAGUCUUCAUUGGUGGCUGCUGGAUUUUGACAGCUGCACAUUGUUUAAGGCCUUACCACUUGUCUGACUACAUGGUGAGAAUUGCAAAGCACAAUAAAAGAGAUGUUGCAGAUAAUGAAGAAAUUUUACCAGUCGAGAAAAUCAUUGUCCAUUAUGACUACAAACCUAAAACAUACCAGAAUGACAUUGCCUUAAUAAAAGUGGUUCAUGUCUUUAAAGACAGGGAAUGUAUUCCACUGAGUGAUGACGUCCAACCUGUCUGCAUCCCCUGGUCUGAGUAUCUAUUCAGACCCAACAAGACUUGCAUAAUAUCUGGUUGGGGUCAAGCAGCAGGUAAUAGAGUAAGCCUUUUACGCUGGGCUAAUCUUGAUAUUUUUGGAAACUGUUCAGCUAUUUACAAGUCUGAUUUUUUUGAAGGAAUGGAAUGUGCAGGAAAAAUAGAUGGAACAGUCGAUGCUUGCAAAGGUGAUUCUGGCGGUCCAUUAGUCUGUUCUGAUGAAAGAAAUGAAGCCUACGUGUGGGGUUUAGUUAGUUGGGGUGAAGAUUGUGGAACAUAUGGAUAUCCUGGUGUGUACACAAAGGUGUCUCAUUACUUUGAAUGGAUUACCAGCCAUACUGGUAGAGCUCUUAUUAGCAAGUACAAUGCCUGA